AUGUCUCCUGCAUCAAAGUCCAAGUCUAAGGAAAAAAAGGCUGGAAAGGAUUCCCAAAAGACUCCUCCAAAGCCUUCUGUACCUGCUAAUGCAGGCAGUGGUGUAGCAGCUAGUGCAUAUAAUCCUUUGUCAGGAACAUUUCAUUCUCUUGACUCAGUACCAUCAUCCUCUGCUUCACCUCUUCAGAAUAAUGGCCGUUUCCGGAACAUUGAAGAGACAGAUGAUCAUUCUGGGGGUUCUCUUGGAGCUGGUGUUGAAUAUGAUUCCGUUUCUAACAAUGGUAGCUGGUCUGGUGAGUCUGAAGAUCAUCAUAAAGAGAAAACAUCUAAUCCUCCCUCUCGACAGGAAGCAAUACCAGGAGCUGACAAUGACAAACGAGAAAAAAUUCGCCAGAAGAAUGAGAGGAAACAUCAGCGCCAGAAAGAGAGACGAGCUCAGGAAUUGCAUGAGCGAUGCAGUGGCUAUCUCAUGUCAAGAAAGCUUGAAGCACUUGCUCAGCAGCUCGUGGCAAUGGGAUUUUCUCAUGAACGGGCAACAAUGGCUCUUAUAUUGAAUGAAGGCAAAGUAGAGGAAUCUGUAGCUUGGCUGUUUGAAGGGGGUGAAGAUGCAGAUAAACAUAGAGAAUCAACUGUUGGUGGGGGGAAUCUUAAAAUUGACAUAUCAGAAGAGCUUGCUCAGAUUGCUGAUUUGGAAAUAAGAUACAAAUGUAUGAAGCAGGAGGUGGAAAGAGCAGUUGUUGCUGCUGAGGGUGACCUCCAGAAAGCAGCAGAAGCUUUAAGAGCAAUGAAACAGGACUCACCUUCAGCUCCGCCUAAGCCAGAAGAAACUGAUGAUCCUCCAACUGCUGGUAAUAUGAAGGUGCUAGUGGGAGCUGGUCAGGGCUUGGCAGGAAGGCCACAACCAAAACUGAAUCCCUCUCCUGCAACACAGCAACGUAGAGAUGAAAAGGAUUUUAACUACACAAAAACAGCUGGAGCAGUUGGAGGACCUUCAGAACCUGUGAAUAAAAAUUUUCAGCCUUUGAAGAGAAUACAACCAAAGUCGGAGUGGGCAAAACCCCAACAAACAGCAGUUCCAGUUGAUAGAAGGUGGCCAAAUGUGGGGUCAAAUACUUCUUAUUCCCUGACAUCACCUCCGCCAGCAAGAACAGAAACCAGUUAUGUGGUUGUUGGCAGUGAAUUUAAGAGCAUUCAACCAUCACUUAGAGAACCUAUUAUAAUGAUGCAGCGUCCCCAGUCUGUAAAUACAAAGCAGAUUAUAGCUACAAGCACAAGCAUAAGCUCAUCUCCUCCCACAGCCAGCAGUUGGUUUCCAACUGGUAGUGUUGAAACUGUGAAGUCCAAUGGGUUCAUCCCCCAUAUUCCUAGCACUAGAAGUCUCAGUCCCAACAAUCCGAGUUCAAAUCAGAUGUACCACCCACUUCAUUAUCAACAACAACAGCAACACUUCACACCCACCGCUAGUCUAGGAGAUUCUCCCGGGACCAGUCGAGGGAACAGUUUAUGGAAUAGAACAGGUGCAUCACCAGCACUUGCUGCUGCAUCUUCUCUAGGACUUUUCUCUGGCUUGGGUUCAACUGGUUCAUCAGGGGCCUCUUCUCCUGUUGACUGGAGCUCUGGUAGCUCGAUGGCACAGUUGGACUAUUCCAACAUUGAUUGGAGUUUGGACCGAAGUUUGGCUUCUCCAAGGCCUGGCGGUUUGUGGCUGGGAUUGACAUCAUCUUUGAAGAACACCCACAUAUAUGAUCCAAACACCAGUGGAUUGGGUUCUACUCCUGCCGUGAGAUUGACAACCCCUAAUGGUAAUGGUGUUCCCAUUGUUGGACUGCAGGAUGGUGGAGCGGCUCCGGCUGAAACAUCUGCUGCGGGUUCUCGCGAAUGGACUUCACCAUUUGAAGGGAAUGAUCUUUUUACAUUAUCCAAACGGUUUGUUUCUUCUCCUUCACUGUAGGGUGGGGGAAAGACCAAAUGAAUAAAAAAAAAUGAAAAAAAGGACAAUGUGCUUGGAUUUGGUGUUAGUGUUGGUUCUUGUGGUUCUUUGCAAUGUUGAUGGUUGGUGCAUAUCUUUCAUUUACCAAAGCACAACCCAAGUCCCCUUCAAUUUUCCCU